GUGGGGGCUUCUUUCUAAUGUUUAUACGAGUGGGUAAUCGUAUAAGCUAUAAGGCUAAAAUCGAUUCUGUCCUGGUUCCUGGUCAUGGAGAAAGAGGAGUACAAAACCCUUGAGAUCCUUCAGAAAAUCCCCAACUCUCCGGUUUUCGAUCUACUCCUAAAUCGCCCAUCGCGUGCCAAUGCACUCUCACUCGACUUCUUCACCGAGUUUCCUAAAGCCCUGUGCUCCCUAGAUCAAAACCCCAACGUCGCCGUCAUUGUCCUUUCCGGCAACGGCCACCACUUCUGUUCCGGCAUCGACAUCAAAGCCCUCGACUCACUCGCCGAGCAGUCCGCUGACCGUGCCCGCACCGCCGAGCGCCUCCGCCGCCAUGUCAAGGCUAUGCAGGAAGCGAUUACCGCCAUCGAGAGCUGCCGGAAGCCCGUGAUCGCCGCCAUCCAUGGGGCCUGUGUUGGCGGGGGUGUUGACAUCGUCACCGCCUGUGACAUUAGAUGUUGUACGGAGGACGCGUUUUUCUCCGUCAAGGAAGUUGAUUUGGCGAUCACGGCUGAUCUUGGGACGCUUCAGAGGCUGCCACGUAUCAUUGGGCACGGCAACGCCAUGGAGUUGGCGUUGACUGGAAGAACGUUUUCAGGUUCCGAAGCCAAAGGAUUGGGUCUUGUUUCCAAGGUUUUUCCUUCCAAGGGCGCCAUGGAUGAUGGUGUCAGAGCUGUUGCUCAGGAAAUUGCAGCCAAGUCUCCUCUCGCUGUCACAGGAACAAAGGCAGUAUUACUAAGGAGCCGAGACCUACCAGUGGAUCAGGGGUUGGAUUACGUUGCCACUUGGAACUCAGGAAUGCUUUUAUCCGACGACCUAAAAGAGGCAAUCUCAGCACACUAUCAGAAGAGGAAACCUGCUUUUGCAAAGCUCUGAUGUUGGCACAAACCAUUUCAUUGCCGUUUCGAGUUCUCUCAUGCAAUGGAGGUGAGAGAUUGUAGUAGUUUUGGCAUAUAAUGUGUGUCAAUCCUAAGGUUAUGAUAAUCUAAAAUGACUUGGAUGUUAUUGCUAUACCAUCAGGGAUAUGGGGCAGGGACUCUGUAUUCUGCUGUAUUGUAUAGGACAACCACUGUUUCCCAUGCAAUGGUGGGAUAUAAAGAGCUGCUGUAACUUCUUAAGGUUGCCCAAUGCCCAAUGUUGCAAAUGUAGAAAUACUGCAACGCCUGAAGAAGAAGCGAGUACUCUUUUGAGUUAUAAACUUACAACUUAAACUUAGUUUACACCAUACUAAUCAUUAAAGGGCACCAAAGAAAACGUUAUUAA